CGCUCCUUAAUGCGCAUGCGCUCUCUCACUUCCUGGAUGCCUUAACAGCCCGGAGCCGAAGGCUAUCGGAGUGAAUUCGUGUCGACUGUCCAGAGUCCGCGAAUUCAGAUCCGCCUGAACCGCAUACGAGCCCUGAACGGAGGACGCCACAUUCAAGGUUUAUCGCCGCAGGUGAAUGGAGCGGCGCAGACAGAGGCGAGCUGUGCUGAAGGAAAUCUUAAAAAAGACUUGGCCAUGUCUCUACAUCAGUUCCUUUUGGAGCCCAUCACCUGUCAUGCUUGGAACCGUGACAGAACUCAAAUAGCCAUAAGUCCCAACAAUCAUGAAGUCCAUAUCUACAAGAAGAAUGGCAACCAAUGGGUGAAAACCCAUGAAUUGAAGGAGCACAAUGGACACAUCACAGGCAUCGACUGGGCACCCAAAAGUGACCGUAUCGUGACCUGCGGUGCUGACCGCAACGCCUACGUGUGGAGCCAGAAGGAUGGGGUAUGGAAACCCACCUUGGUCAUCCUGCGGAUCAACCGCGCCGCCACAUUUGUGAAGUGGUCCCCCCUGGAGAACAAGUUUGCAGUGGGCAGUGGAGCCCGCCUCAUUUCUGUCUGUUACUUUGAGUCUGAGAACGACUGGUGGGUUAGCAAGCACAUCAAGAAGCCCAUUCGCUCUACAGUCCUGAGCUUAGACUGGCAUCCCAACAAUGUUCUUCUGGCAGCUGGGUCCUGUGACUUCAAAUGCAGGGUGUUCUCGGCCUACAUCAAAGAGGUGGACGAAAAGCCGGCGCCAACCCCAUGGGGCUCCAAGAUGCCUUUCGGCCAAGUUAUGGCCGAGUUUGGGGGCGCCAGUGGCGGGGGCUGGGUGCACAGUGUCUGCUUCUCUGCCAGUGGAAACCGUCUGGCGUGGGUGGGCCACGACAGCACCGUGACAGUGGCUGACCCCACCCACGGGUCCAUACCUUCUCAGCUGAAGACAGAGUUCCUUGCUCUUCUGAGUGUCCUAUUCGUGUCGGAGAACAGCGUUGUGGCCGCAGGUCAUGACUGCUGCCCAAUGCUAUUUAACUAUGAUGACAAUGGGACACUGACCUUCCUAUCCAAGCUUGACAUUCCAAAGCAAAGCAUCCAACGCAAUAUCUCUGCUAUGGAGCGCUUUCGUAACAUGGACAAGAGGGCCACCACAGAGGACCGCAACAACGUCUUGGAGACGCUGCACCAGAACAGCAUCACCCAAGUAUCAAUAUAUGAAGGAGACAAAAGAGAUUGUCGUAAAUUCUGCACUACAGGAAUAGAUGGAGCAAUGACCAUAUGGGAUUUUAAGACCCUAGAGACUUCCAUCCAAGGCCUUCGGAUCAUGUAAAGUGUCAUAGUUAAGUAAUGUGACUCUGGUCACAAAUAUGGAUUCUGCCAAGGUGGCUGCUGUUCACUUCAGAAAGUCCAACAAUGUUUAAAAAAAAUACUAAAAUUAAAAAAAGUUGAGGAAAAGCACUGAAGGCGCAAAACGUGUCAUGUCAUUACAUCACUGUUUACUUACAGAUCGUAAAAGGUGACCGAGAGGAUUUGAGGAUCUAAAUUGAGCUGUGAUUUUUUUUUUUUUUUUUUUUUUUUUUUUUUAAAGAAAUUCUGCACCAUACUUGGUACUACAGCAAUUAAUGAUGCUACUCUGGAGGCAUUCUAGGACAGUAAUUUAAAAGAAUGUUAUGUAAAUGGUCUGCAAAAAAUAAAAGGAGUAUGUGUUA